ACCUGAAGCACUGGAUCCAAGGGAACUUGACAACCUGUGGGCGAUCUGCUUUUCUCUUUGACGAGAUGGACAAGAUGCACCCAGGGCUGAUCGAUGUGAUCAUGCCCUUCCUGGGACCCUCGUGGGUUGUUUACGGGACCAACUACCGCAAAGCGAUUUUCAUUUUCAUAAGCAAUGCAGGAGGAGAACAGAUUAAGAAAAUGACCCUGGAUCUCUGGCAUGCACACAAGGAUCGUGAGGAGAUCAGCCUUCAGGACAUGGAGUCGGCCAUCUCCAAAGCUGUUUUUGAAAACCCUCAGAGUGGAUUCUGGAAAUCUGGGAUCAUUAAUGAACAUCUCAUUGAUUUUGUUGUGCCCUUCCUCCCACUGAAGCGCCACCACGUAAAGCAAUGUGUCACCAAUGAACUCCUCCAGCAAGGCCUGGAGGUACGGCAGGAUGUCAUCCAGGGAGUGGCCGACAGCAUUCCCUACUUCCCAGAGGAAGAGAAAAUCUUUUCAUCAACGGGGUGCAAAACAGUGUCCUCUCGGAUUAGUUUCUACUUCUAG